AUGGAUGAGAUCAGGACUGGUCUCAUGGGUGGAACUGGAACUGGAACUGGAACUGGAACUGGAAAAGACGACUCUGCUUCAGCAUCACCCGACGUUCACAAGCUCACCCGGUCCGUGAUCAGCUGCAUCAACCUGCUAGACAAAAACUACGUCCUGCUCAGUCGCAUUGCAUACGAAGCAGCUCAACUUGGUAGCUACCUGCCUGAGAUCCUCGGAGUCGCCCCUCUGACCAGCCUCAUGACGGAGAUGUUCUCCCGUCUGGAAGAGAAGCUCGUCAGCAUGUCCCACUCGUCGUUCCAGUUCCAGUUCCAGUCCCAAUGCGACAGCCUUGGCAUCCUAUUCCUGAUCAACAAUUCGCACUUCAUCUGGCAGCAGCUCCAUCCCAUGUUCGAUAUGGCCUUCCCCAUGGCUGUCCUCAACCGCAAGAUCGACGACUACAUACAGAGCUACCUGCAGGUGUCCUGGGGCCCGGUGCUCUCAUGCUUGUACUAUGAUCCGGGACCCCUGCGCCGGGGAAGGUACUCCUCCGCACUGCCUCUGUUCGAGUUUGAGUUCCACAAAGUGUACAGGACCCAGAGGUUCUGGAAGGUUCCAGACCCUGAGCUCAGGGGAAGGCUGCGGAAAGCUAUCACCAAUAAGGUCACUUCAGGCUUGAAGAAAUUCUUGGAGGAUAAGAACGUGACCACGCCGAGAAUCACCCCUCAGGAGCUGGAGGACAUGUUGCAGGAGCUGUUUGAAGGAUGA